AUGCCAUACUUCCAAAUCCACCUCGUCAAAGGCAUCCGCAGCAAGCCAGAAAUCCGCAAACUCGCAGACGUCGUGCAGCAAUGCUCCCUCGACCACUUCAAUGCGCCUCCCGCAGACCGCUAUCAGGCAAGCUGACCUGCCUGGGCCCCCUUCUUGGGCUACACUGUAAUAACUCAACUCACACUAAAACUUUCUUCCUUCCCCCAUCCAGGUCAUCACCCAGCACGAGCCCGACGAGCUGAUCUGCGAAGACACCAAGCUUGGUCUCCAACGCAGCGAUAAACUCGUCUUCAUCCAAGUCUUCCAACAGGGCCGUGAUGCGAAGACGAAGCAGGCACUCUACGCGGCCCUCGCGGAGCGGCUGAAGGCCGAAUGCGGCGUGGACGGGAACGACUUGAUCAUCACCGUCUCGCAGAACGAAAAGGAAGACUGGAGUUUCGGCCACGGAAGGGCCCAAUUCCUCACCGGCGAGCUGUAG